AUGGGUGAAGUCUCACUUCCCGGGCUGGAGAUGAUGGAUGAGAUGUGGGAGAACAGAAGCUACGCCAGCCCCUUGCCCGGUCUCCCCCCAUUUCCGCUCAUGUUCAACAGCAGCGAUCUGAACGAGACGCUGCUGAACUCCACCAACUCCACCGCCCAAGACAUCUCCACGGGUCCCAGCGUGGCGGGCGUCCUCAUCCCACUCAUAUACAUCAUUGUCUGUAUCAUCGGCUUGGGUGGAAACACAUUAGUGAUUCACAUUGUGCUGCACUACUCGAAGAUAGAGUCGGUCACCAACAUUUACAUCCUCAACUUGGCCAUCGCCGACGAGCUCUUCAUGCUCGGCCUGCCCUUCCUGGCGGUGCAGAACACCCUGCAGUCGUGGCCCUUCGGCUCCUUCAUGUGCCGCCUGGUCAUGACCGUCGACUCCAUCAACCAGUUCACCAGCAUCUUCUGCCUGACGGUGAUGAGCAUCGAUCGCUACCUCGCUGUCGUUCACCCUAUUCGUUCUUCAAAGUGGCGGCGCCCUCAGGUCGCCAAGGUGGUGAACGGCACCGUGUGGGCGCUAUCGUUUCUUGUCGUUCUGCCUGUGGUCAUCUUUGCCAACAUCCAGAAGGCAGGAGGCACCUGCAACAUCGCCUGGCCUCAGCCGGCAAAUAUCUGGAGAGCGGCCUUCAUCAUCUACACUUCCACUGUUGGAUUCUUCUGCCCUCUUCUCAUCAUCUGCCUCUGUUACCUGCUCAUUGUUGUCAAGAUCCGCAGCUCAGGUAAGAAAGUCCACGCCACCUCCACCAAGCGCAGGAAGUCGGAGCGGAAAGUGACGCGCAUGGUUGUGAUUGUCGUUGCCGUGUUUGUCUUCUGCUGGCUGCCCUUCUACGCCCUCAAUAUCAUCAACCUUCUGGUGUCCCUGCCCCCAGAGUACCAGGGCCUUUACUAUUUUGUCGUAGUGCUCGGUUACGCCAACAGCUGCGCCAACCCCAUUGUCUACGGCUUCUUGUCAGACAACUUCAAGAGGGGUUUCCGGAAAGCGCUCUGCCGUUCCACGAGAAAGGUGGAGAACCAUGAGCCCAUGGAGCGCCAACAACAGCAGGAGGAAGGGAGGAGGGCGCUCAUGCCCAGGGAGAGCCUGAGACGGGCGAUCAGGGACGAAGAGGAGGACGAUGAGGAGGACGUCUCAGAAAUGACUGAGAUCUACAGAAUCGCCCAGAAUGGAAACAGCAGCUUCCAGCCACAAAGCUCGCAGCCACUGUUCUCAGAGAAAGGAGCGACACCGGGAGCAACAGAGCUGUCGUCCCCGGACAAAAAGGACAAAGCUGGGGAGGCGAAGGGGAAAGAUCCCGUGAAUGGGUCCAUGCUGACUGUCCCAUUGCUUCUCAAUGGAGCCAAAAAUGGGAGCAUCAAAACUCUGCCAGAAGAAAACCUGGAACAGAGCACCUCAUUGGAGAUAAGUUAUUUAUAGUGUACAAUGAGGUCUUGAAGCUUAUGUUACUUGAAGUGAACUCAGUAUUACAACACAGGGUGGCCUGCCUCUAAUUCACAACACAGAGCUGUUUGUAAUGAAGCAAAAAGCUCAUUAAUGAACAUUAGAAAAAACCCAGACACGGUUUAGAGUUGUUUUUUUUGA